GGGCGGAGGAACAACGGGAAAAUCUCAUCCAACAAUAGCUGCGCAACAAACACACAACCAGAUAUUAAUUUGGCUCUUGGUUGCUUUUCUUCUCUUCUGACAAUCUCCAGGAUCUCAAGGCAGGAUGUCUGUCACUGUGUCCAAGGCUGAUGGGGUCACUGUACUCACUCUGACCUCUGACCCUGAUAGCCCUUGGCCUCCUCUGUGCCAGAUCCUCAAGAACCUUUGCUACAGCCCAGUGUGCUGCACUGUGUCUCAGCGCCUGAGGAGCCUCAACAGAACUUCUCAGACAGUGCUGGGGACUCUGCAGAUUAUGAUUGGGCUUCUCAGUGUUGGACUCGGAGCAAUCCUUGUAAGCAGAUUUGUUGGAUUAUGGACCAUGCAUGAGACUGGCUACCCUUUUUGGAUGGGAGGGUUGUUCAUCGUGUUUGGAAUUGUCAGCAUUUUGUCUGAUAAGUAUCCAAGUCCAUGUCUGGUUAUCGUCAAUGUGAUUCUGAAUCUGACUGGGGUUGCUUUUGCCAUUGCAGCCAUUGUGCUGUACACCAUCAGUGUAUUUAAUAUAUAUUUGUGGAACAUUUGUGGGGAGCCCGACUACUGGUAUGACCGUCGCACAACACCAAGUCCGUCUCCUGAACAGAUGACACUACAGGAGAGAUGCUUGGAGGGCAAAGCUUUAAUUAUGAUGCUCUACAGAAGCAUCAUUGCUGUGCUAAUUGUGCUGUCAGUCCUGGAGCUCUGCGUCACCAUCAGCUCAGUGGUCUUGGGGAUCAAGAGUCUGAAGAGCAAAGAAAAGGGACGAACCAAGAGCACUGAUGACCCAGAGCUCUACAAACCACUUCUAGAGGAAGUUACCACUGAGCCUACAGUCUGAAUGUAAUUGUGCUGUGAGGCAUUGUAAGCAUGUGCCUUUAUAGCGUUCACCCUGUACUGCAACAUUAUCAUGCACUUCUCUUGCAUUUUUAUACUGCAAAUUGAAUGUAUUUCUUAAUAUCUACUUUUUCUUUUCACUGUGAACUUCUUCCAGAUAGUAUGCCAUAUGCUUUGUAUGCUUUGUUGUUGCUUUUCUUUCUUUCUUUUUCUUUUUUUUCACAAUAUUGGGCCAUGAUACAUAAAAAUAAAGAAAUCUGUUGCACAUUU